UUGAUUGAUCGUUUAUUAAUUAUUGAUCUUUGAUUUGUGAAUAACGCCGGAUUAUAUAAUAUAAUAAUCUGUUGGUGUGGCUCGGCGCGCCGAUGGGAAUUCACGGCGUGGGAAUACGGCGUGCGAUGGAGCUGGCAUUUUGUAUAACUGGAAUCUGGUCGGCUUAUAUUUAUCAAGGCCUUCUCCAAGAAACUGUGUCUACUAGGAGAUUUGGUCUAAACAAGGAGAGGUUUGAACAUUUGGCAUUCUUAAACUUGGCACAAAGUGUUGUUUGCCUACAAUGGUCAUUCAUAAUGAUAAAUAUCUGGCGCAAGGCUAGGGUUGCUCGUGCUCCAUGGCGGAGUUAUUGGAGUGCUGGCAUUACCAAUACCAUUGGACCGGCUAUGGGGAUUGAAGCUCUAAAAUAUAUUAGUUAUCCUGCUCAGGUCUUGGCAAAAUCAUCAAAAAUGAUUCCUGUGAUGCUGAUGGGGACACUAGUUUAUGGUAUUAAAUACAGUUAUCGGGAGUAUCUUUGCAGCCUCCUUGUUGCUGGCGGGGUGUCGAUUUUUGCAUUGUCAAAGACUAACUCCAAGACCAUAAACAAGGUGGCUAAUCCAAAUGCACCACUUGGAUAUGGACUUUGUUUUCUAAACUUGGUGUUUGAUGGUUUCACAAAUGCCACUCAAGAUUCAAUCUCGGCAAGGUACCCGAAAACAAAUGCAUGGGAUAUGAUGCUAGGAAUGAACUUAUGGGGUACCAUUUACAACUUAGUUUUCAUGUUUGGUUGGCCACAAGCCAGUGGGUACCAAGCAGUUCAGUUCUGCAGGGACAACCCUGAAGCAGCCUGGGAUAUAUUAUACUACUGUUUAUGUGGCGCAAUUGGUCAAAACUUCAUAUUUUUUACCAUUAGCCGAUUUGGUUCUUUAACUAACACCACAAUUACAACCACCCGCAAAUUUGUCAGCAUUGUGGUUUCAUCAUUGCUUAGUGGGAAUCCCUUGUCUAGAAAGCAAUGGGGGAGUGUUGCAAUGGUCUUUAGCGGUUUAUCAUAUCAGAUAUACCUUAAACGGAAGAAAUCAAAAAGAAUGAAGAGGAAGAAGAAAGCCUUUUGAUUUUGACGAAAACUUUCCCUUUUUAGGUAAAUCCUUUUUGAUAGCUAGAAGUUAUAGAUUCAUUAGGUCAUUAUUUAGCAGAAAUCAAUGAAACGAUAGAAUCCAUAAGAAAUUACUAACAUCCCCUUGAAGGAGUUUGGCAAAGCUCGUGGCAAUCAUUCUAUAAAACUUUCCGAAUACAAGUCUGCCAGUAUCUUGGAUAACUUUUUUCUACUGAAGUUUCAUGUUACCGAUUCCUUGGUCUGCGAAUCCACGAGGUUCAUGUGAAGAACUUCCCUCUCUAAGAGGCGGGUAUGGCCCCUUUGAAGGUUAUAUUACUAGUGACUGUUGAAAUCCUAAGUUUGAGGGGCUACAAUUUGAAUGUAGAUGUGUUUUAAGUCCUAGUGAAGUGGUUUGUAAGUUUUACAAGUUGAUAAAAAGUUCUACUUGUUCAAUAAUAUUUCCAUUGUUCAUCUUGAGUGUUUCUUAAAGAGAUUAACUUGAUU